GUUGGACUGAGUUUCGCUCUGUCUAAGGAACAUGGCCCCGGGGCCGUCAGCCACACAGGGAAUCCUGCUGCUGCUGCCUCUCCUGCCUCUGUCCCAGGUGACGCUGGGUUCCGCGGACGGCAACUGUGACCCCUCAGAUCAGUGCCCGCCCCAGGCUCGCUGGAGCAGCCUAUGGCAUGUGGGUCUCAUCCUGCUCGCCAUACUCCUGAUGCUUCUGUGUGGGGUCACAGCCAGCUGUGUACGAUUCUGCUGCCUCAGGAAGCAGACGCACAGCCAGACACACGCACCAGCGGCGUGGCAGCCCUGUGACGGGACAGUCAUCCCAAUGGACAGCGACAGCCCCGCGCACAGCACUGUGACCUCCUACAGUUCCGUGCAGUACCCACUGGGCAUGCGGCUGCCCCUGUACUUUGGAGAGCCAGACCCUGACUCCAUGGUCCCUCCCACCUACAGCCUAUAUGCUUCUGAGCUGCCACCCUCCUAUGAUGAAGUUGUGAAGAUGAUAAAAGCCAGAGAGGAAGCAGCAGCUCCUGAGAAAACCAACUCUCUGCCUGAGGCCUUGGAGCCAGAGAUCACUGGAGGGCCCCAGGAGCCAGGCCCCAAUGCCCAGCAACCCUAGUCGCGCCCGCUUGAAAAGGGUGGGAGUUCUUUCUUCUGGAGCCAUUAAACCAUAGCCUGGAUACCUGGCACUUAGGACCAAGGAACCCCACCUGUGUCAUCCUUCCCCUGGGAAGGCCAGCCAUCCAGCACAUUGCUGCAGACUCGGCCUCAUUGCUAUGCAAUGCCCGGCCAGCCAGCCUGCCCCCCGUAUUGGCCCUUCUUCUUCACCCUUCCCACCCAUCCAGGGCCCAGCAGACUUCAGCCCGGAGGAGCCUGGAUCUUGGGAGCUCAAGCCCCACUGGCAUGUCAGCCCUUUGAGGGGAAAAUAAAGUUUAUGUAAACAUG